GUUUUGUUUAUUCAGUUUAUUGAUUCCAUCGCAAAAUGUCACAAUAACUAUCGGAAAAAAUUUUAAUAAUAAAAAAAUAAAAAAAUCAAUGAUUGUGGUAAUAAUUUAAGCUACUUCAAAAUUUCAAGUUUAAUUUGCGUCGAACUUGUAUUCGGCUUGAAAAAAGAAAAAUGAACGGACUCAGGACGUGGGUUUUGCAAGACCUGAUGCAUUUGAUUCCAAAUAGAAAGUUACAGAGUGGCUCCAUUGCCUGUUUACACACCUCUUUAACAUCCGAACGAUUUUGGAGCUUCUUCGAACAUUCGGGAAGGGAUGGAGAAAGUUUAUAUAAGCCAAAAAAAAAUGAAAAUUCAGAGAACCAUGUUGAUUUUUCAGGAACAAUGUUGGCACUUCCUCGCCCACGUAUGUUAGAAUUGUCAGCUGGCAAAAAGGAAACAAACCAAGUUGUUUCUACAUUCAAUAUAAAACUAAAAGAUUUUCGCAACAAUAUGCUUCCAGUACCAGUUAAAGUCAUCGAGGAUGGUUCUCAAAAAUCCAAAAUAAAUGCGGCAGUAGUUUUGAAAGCCAAGGAAGUAAAAUUAGACGAGACAAAAAUGAAAGUUGAAGAAACUAUUAAAGAUUCAAACAAAAAUGCUCUCAUAGAAGAAAACAUUCCAAUUUUAAAAAUGGCGGAAACAAAAAGUGGAUUGCCUCUUAUAAGUGGUCGACAAUGGCCAAAAUCUUGGUAUGAUGGACCCCCAAGACCUUCAGUCGCACCAAAAAAUUGUUCACCACCUCCACAGCGACGUACAUUUAACGCAAAACCAAAAUGUUUUUCAGCAAAAUUUCCAAAAAUAAAUCAAUGCCCAUUGAGUAGUUCGGAUCCAUCCAAAGGCCGGUCUCAUCUUCAAUCCCAAAAAUGCAGUUUUCGUAAAAAAUAUUCUUCCAAAAGCAAGACUGACCUACCCAAACCAUCUUUAAACAAUAACUUUAAAUCUAGUCCAAUCAGGAUGGAAAAAUCUCCUUCUGGUUUUGCUAAAGAUAAAGGACAAUCAAGACUAUCCUUGAUGGUAUCAGUUGAAGUUCCACGUCUUCGAACGACAAAAUCUUUGCCUGAUCAAAUCGUCUCCAGAUAUUCUUCCGGAGUUGCUGAACCUGGAUUGAUUAAGAAUUUUGGAAAUCUAGGUUCCAGAGUUUCAAAGUCAUCGAAUCAAGUCGCCCACAUGUCUUCGGGAAAUGGAAGGAAGAACCGCAAAAGAAAAAGGAAAAAAGAUUGUCAAAAAAAUCAAGAAAGUCCUCCUCCAUGUUCUCCACCACCCCCUCCACCAUGCUGCCCACCCCCGCCCCCUUGCAGUAGAGAUCCAGGCGUUUCUUCAAAACCUAAAAAAAAACCUUGUUCAUCCCCUCCAGAACCAUGUGGUCCAAAAAAGAAAACCAUGCAAAAUAAGAAGAACAGUUGUGACGACUGGUGUCCACAAAAUGAGAACAAUGACUGUUACACAAGCAAAUGUCCCAAAAGAAAGAAGAUGUCUCCUAAACCUAGAAUUUGUCCUCCAAAUUGUUUCGAGCCAGAUCCAUGUAAACCAGCUAGAUCAUUCUGUGUCCAUCCGAAAAAGAAAGGUGGAAAAUCCUUUUCGACUUGGGCUCAUCAAAAUUCUGGUAUGCUGUUUACUUACAGAACCUUUGCCAGUGACCCAUGCAAGCCGAUGAAAAAAGAGGAGGAAAAUAUGAUCAGAAGAAUACCUAAACCUGGCCCAGUUUGCAAAGAAACUGCAGCAAAAAACAAAGAUAAGAGCCUUAAAGCUGCGCUAGUUGAAGAACCCAAGGACAAUAAGUGCAAGAAACCUCCUGAGAAAUCCUCUGAACCAAGUUUAACUUCUGAAAAGCAGGAGGAAGUAACUGCAAGAAAUUCUUUAAAACAGGAGAAAGCAACUGCAGCAAAUCCUUUAAAAAGGAAAUUUGAAGAAGUCCAAAAAUCCUUUGUCAGUGAUCCAUGCAGGUCGAUGAAAAAAGAUGCGGAAAAUGUGAUCAGGAGAAUACCUAAACCUGGUCCAGUUUGCAAACAAGCUGCCUCUAAAAAUGGAAAUAACAGCCCUGAAGUUGCUCCAUUAAAAAAACCAGUAGAGAAUAAGUGCAAGGAACCUCCUAGAAAAUCCUGUCAAUCAAAUUCUACUUCUGGGCAGCAGGUGGAACUAACUGCAGCAAAUCUUUUAAAAAGGGAAUUUGAAGAAGUCCAAAAGUGCAAACAAGGAAAAAUAGAGGUGAAAUCUGAUAGUAAUCCCAAGGAUGAACAAUUCGAAGAAAAUUCAACAAAAAAAAUCUGCUGAAACAGCUGCUGCAGAAGAAGCC